UACUGAGCUUUCUCCGCAGCCUGCUCCAGCAGCUCCAAAAUGGCAUUUCAGGAAUUGAAUUACUGACAUUUCAGUACUUGCGGAAUCCAGGAAUAGAUUAUUUGAUUGUAUCUGUUGGAAGUCAUUGCCGUAACUGGCUUCGUUUUCUUUGCCAACAUCUAAACCGAGUGGGGAGAGACAGCAGGGGAAUGCCGUGGUGACUUGAUUUUCCCAAAAGCACAUCUCCCAAGCUGGCGGCAGCCGAUGGCGUUGCCCUGUGACUGGGGGAAGCCUGAGGACUCACGGUCGCCUCAGGCCGGCCACCUUCGCGCUGGAACCUGCCCAUCACAUCAACGAGCCCUCUCAGGCUGAAAACCCUGUGCUGGGGUGGCUGCAGCAAGACAAGGAUUCCCCUCCAGCUCUGUGGUGUGGGGAGCAGAAGGGCCACUGAGUCCUGCCGUGGGCAUGGUCUAGCGGCCCGGUCAGGACGCGGAAACACUCCCCGGAGUUUCUGACCCACUCCCUCUCGGCCUCCGCCUGGUCUCUGGUGUAGUCACCGUCACCAGCCGCCAUGGGCAAGCAGAAUAGCAAGCUGCGGCCCGAGGUGCUGCAGGACCUGCGGGAGAACACGGAGUUCACCGACCACGAGCUGCAGGAGUGGUACAAGGGCUUCCUCAAGGACUGCCCCACCGGCCACCUGACCGUGGACGAGUUCAAGAAGAUCUACGCCAACUUCUUCCCCUACGGCGACGCUUCCAAGUUCGCUGAGCACGUCUUCCGCACCUUCGACACCAACGGCGACGGCACCAUCGACUUCCGGGAGUUCAUCAUUGCGCUGAGCGUGACCUCGCGGGGCAAGCUGGAGCAGAAGCUCAAGUGGGCCUUCAGCAUGUACGAUCUGGACGGCAACGGCUACAUCAGCCGCAGCGAGAUGCUGGAGAUCGUGCAGGCCAUCUACAAGAUGGUGUCGUCUGUGAUGAAGAUGCCGGAGGACGAGUCCACCCCGGAGAAGCGCACGGACAAGAUCUUCAGGCAGAUGGACACCAACAACGACGGCAAACUGUCCUUGGAAGAAUUCAUCAAAGGUGCCAAGAGCGACCCCUCCAUCGUCCGCCUGCUGCAGUGCGACCCCAGCAGUGCCAGUCAGUUCUGAGCGAGCGGCCCCUGGACAGUUGCAGAGAAACACAGGCUUGUUGUGCCGUUUAAGCUUUGCUUGCAAGAGUGGAUGCCCCGCAAUCGUUCCUGCUCUCCCCGGCCCCGGGCCUGGGGCAUGCAUCGCACCUGCCCGGCCCCGCGGCUGCGCCUCCCUCCUCCACCUGACUAAUGCGACAUUCCUCCCCUCACGCCCGGCCCGGUCCCUUCCAGGGCAACUCCCAGGGAUGUGGUGACAUGCAGAGUUCAAGUGUUCUUGGUUCCAGGCACCUCCCGGCUCACAGGGAGCUCAGAGGUCCACGCCGAGGAGACCAGGCAGGACUUCCCGAGGCUGCGCCCCGGCCGGCCCAUGCAUUUUGUGAUCCCAAGUGACUCUGUGGGAAGGGUGGGGACGAGGCGUCGGGAGGGUAGACAGGGAGCCCCUCCCGUGCAUGGCUGCCCCCCCAUUCAUUUUCUCCACCACAGCCGCUUGCACGUAUAGAUACUGUGGUCCCCUUUCUUUUAAUAUAUAAAUUAUGUACGGUGAAGUGGAGUGUAUUGUGUAGGUCCCGUAUUUAAUGCCUCUGACUGCCUUUGAAGCGCAGCCCCCUGUGGCCCGCGGCCCCCUGAGCCUGGCUGUUGUGUGGUAUUUAUGCCCUCUUUGUCUGCCUGUUUCUAAGGAAAUGCAUGUGUGCCCUGAGCCGUGGUGAUCCUCCUGUCUGUGUCGUGAGCACAGGCAUUUGUGUCUGGUCUGUCCUCCCUGUUGAUUGGUCUGGCAUUUCCGAUAUUAAAAUGAUAAAAUAAA